CAGAGCAGCCAGUGGAUAGACGGGGAUUGAGAGUAAGAAAAUAAAUGUGUGAUGAGGGAGGGAGGGAGGGAGGGAGGAGUUUGUUUCGCAAACAUACAUGUAUAUACAACCCAGAUGAGAGCGGAAGGAAAACACAAAUAUAUACUGAUACAGAGCAAGACAUGGAGUUGUGUGAGAUUUUAAAUCGGAUGCAUAGUCUAGACUGCCGUGGUAAUCCAGGACACAAGCAGUGCUGAGAACUAAAGAGGUCAUCACAACCUCACACACAGACAUAUGGACAAGAUGGGGGCCAGUCGUCCACUACCUAAUGCGCCCAAGGAUUCACUAAGCGCUGCAAUAGAGGCCAUCAGUGUGAGCACAGAACUUGUCGAGGAAGAACUAAAGCCAUAUUUGGACACAGUACUCAAUGUUGCCAUAGAAAGAAAGAAAGGCAUAUCAGAGCAGGUGGUAGAAAGUGGAAUUCUGCCUGUUCUGGUUCAGAUUUUAAGAAGAAAGAGCACACUCACUACUCACACUGCCAGACUGGUAGCUGAACUGGCCAGAGACGCCCCUGUGAGAGAGCGAUGCUUUGAGACGGGCAUUGUAUCUGCCCUUGUGACUUUACUGCUAAGCCAAGACCAGGACCUUCUCCUUCACGUUAGCCAGGCAAUCGCCAGGAUUUGCUAUGACAGCAACUUGCAGCAGGAGCGAUUCCUGAGUCUCGGGGCUGUCCCACGACUGGUGUCGGUUCUUCUGCAGUACAACGAGAACGAGGCACUGCUGAGCUCUUGCCUUCUGGCCCUUUGUAACCUGGCCGACAUGGGCGAAGAAGAUGGCACCAUGCUCUCCUGGGAGGAAGGGGCUUAUUUCGGUGAGGGAGAGCGAGUUUUCCGUGGCACCUCACGGUACUCUUUUGGUUUCUCUUCGGCUGUGAUGGUGGUCAGGCUGAAACAGUGGACUAAUGGCCAGUACUCCGUGGCAGUAGAAGUGCUUCAAAGGUUCUCCACAAUGCUGUGGGGCGCAAAAAACAACGGCCACCAAACUGAACACCACUUACCGAACUUUGCUCACCUAGGCAGCUGCCCCAAAUUGUAUAAAGUUAUCAAAUGCUCAGUGAAGAACAUACCGAGAAAGAGGAAUCUGAGAGCAGCAGUGCUUCAUACCCUCUUGUGAGACUUCACCGUAGUGCUUUUGGACUGUAUGUCUGAGGUGGCCUAGACUGGUGAUCUGGUAUAAACCAUGUCCCGAUAUUUAAGGAGCUCAUUUCAGCCAUUCAUAAUAAAGGAUGGAUAUGAAAGCAUAAAGAUAGAAUAUAAUUGCUCUCAGAGGUUACCAAUCGACAGCCAAAAUCACAAGCCAGGACACAAGACAUGUUGUGUCCAAGCAAUUUAAGUCCUACAGAUCUACGCUGGCUGUACAUAGAACAUGAGAACAGGUGGAUGCCGAGCUGCAAUCUGCUAGCCUUUCUGAACUCUGUGAUUAGUCCAUAAGCGGCCUUACAGUAGUGGAUUAUCCAGACCCAGUGUUCAGAGUGUUUACAGUCUUUGGUUCCAAACACAGUCCAAGUGAAAGCACGCUUAACUAAUGAACUACAUUUAAGCAGUGUUACACAUAAUUGGGUUUUAAAAUUCAUUCUGGAUUUAUAAAUGCAAAAAUUUGACGUCUAUGAAUAAUCAUGUAGAAAACCCCUGCUAAACUGGCCUAUGCUUAUAGGCCCAGAAGGGGUGGGGGAUUUCACACUGUGUGCAGUGUUCCCACAGACAUGAAAAAUGUGGGACUAUUAAGAGAAUAUUAAUAUUGUGCGACUAGAUCUUGCUUCUGUGUAUAAUAAAACUUGCUUCACCACUCUUCAGAAGUUCGGGGUCUGUAAG